AUUCAACUAUAAUUUUCUUAUCCCUCUUCAAGUUCUGGUUGGUUACGAUGAACUCAUUGCUAUUCUCCCUGGGAAUUCGCAGUCCCACACACCACAAACCAUCCAUUACCAUUCUAAACUCUCACACAGUUGAAUCAUCUUCAAUCAAAAUCCCUAACCCACAAUAUAAAUCUCAAUCUGUACCAGUAAUUGAAAAUCCCAAUUUGUUGAGCAGAAGAGAAGCACUGGGCAUUGGGUUCUCUUUUGGUAUUCUGCAGUUUCUUUCACAGCCACAUCCUGCCUCAGCUGACGAAUCUGCUUCUUGUGAGUUCACUGUAACUCCGUCUGGACUUGCUUAUUGCGAUCAAGUUGUUGGAUAUGGUCCCCAGGCUGUUAAAGGGCAAUUGAUUAAGGCACAUUAUGUAGGGAAGCUCGAAGAUGGGAAGGUCUUCGAUAGUAGCUACAAUCGUGGAAAGCCCAUUUCAUUUCGUAUUGGUGUUGGCGAGGUUAUCAAGGGAUGGGAUCAGGGAAUACUAGGAGUUGAUGGAGUUCCUGCCAUGCUUGCUGGAGGAAAGCGUAAGCUGAGGAUUCCUCCAGAACUUGGAUAUGGAAUGAGAGGAGCAGGAUGCAAAGGAGGUACAUGCAUUAUUCCGCCUGACUCAGUUCUUUUGUUCGAUGUGGAGUUCAUUGGGAAGGCUUAAAAGGUUCAUGAUUUGCAUGUAAGACUGAUAAACAACUUGAAGCAUAUUUGUUUCUCAGGUGAAAAUUAAAUAUCUCAGGUUCGUACUUCUACAAAAAGGGCGUCAUAUGGAUUGAAACUUAACAAAGAAAGCACGGAGAAAUUUCGUAGUUUCAUAUUCUGUAGUGAUGCAAGAUCAGCUUGAGAUUAUGGCUUUGAACACAUCUACUUCUAAUAAUGUUGUCUAAUACCGCAUGCCGAAUAGACGAACUAUUCAUAUCUUCUCCAAAGUUAAUGAAUAUAUUUAUGAGUUAUCAAAUUUUAUGUUCAUAACA